AUGCACUGGGCAGUAUCAACAGUAAUGACCAGACAAAAUAUAAUUCCAAGUAAAAAUGGUACCCAGAUGAUCCACGCGCUCAUACCAAUGUGGGACAUGUGCAACCACGAGGAAGGACCUAUUACAACAGAUUUCAACGUAAACUCAGACACCUGCGAUUGUUACGCGAAGCGAGAUUUCAAAACAGGAGACCAAAUAUUCAUAAACUACGGCUCAAGGAUAAACUCGGACUUUUUUGUACACUCAGGAUUCGUUACCGAGAACAAUAAAGACGACGGAUUUAAAUUGAGGCUGGGAAUCAGCAAAUCGGACCCUCUUUGCCGCGAGAAGACACUUUUGCUAGAAAAACUCGGAUUCUCCAGCACUACUAUGACAUUCUUGCUCCAGGACUCCAGCGAGCCGAUCUCCGACCAGAUGCGAGCGUUCCUGAGGGUAUUCAGCAUGAGAAAAUCUGAUUUAGAUCAUUGGAUUGAGUCGGAUAAGAUCUUGGACCUCAAACACCGCGACUGCUCGCUGGACACUGUUGUUGAAGAUAAUGUUAAGAAAUUUUUACUUAUGAGGCUUAGGCUGCUGAUCGCUAAUUAUCCGACUACUUUAGAGGAAGAUUUAGAUCUAUUAAGUACAACAAUGUCGCAGACGAAGAAGAUGAUUCUCCAGCUAAGGAUCUCCGAGAAAAAAAUCCUCAAGCGGACCCUGGAAUUCAUCGACCAGUAA